GAAAAUAAAGAAUCCAACGGGGCCGAUUCCAACAGUAGCUUUUAUAACGAAUAUUUAAAGUUUUUGAUGAAAUCUUCGAGAUGUCGUCUCUUAGUGAAAAACAGAUUCUUCUGCGUGCUCGGGCUAAAAGUCUUGAUACUGUUAAAAACUUGAAUUUGUGGGGAAGCAAUCUCUCCGAUAUUUCUGCAGUCACCAAGUUGUUAAAUGUGGAAGUUCUAAGUUUAAGUGUCAAUAAUAUUGCAAGUUUAAAAGAUUUUGCCCACUGUCCAAGACUAAAAGAGCUUUAUUUGCGUAAAAACUGUGUAAAUGAUUUAAAUGAAAUAGGAUUUUUGAAGAAACUCCCAAAGCUGAGAGUUUUGUGGCUGUCAGAUAACCCAUGUGCUGAUAGCCCAAACUAUAGGAAUACUGUGCUGAAGAACUUACCAAAGUUGAUUCGAUUGGAUAAUAUUGCGGUUGAUGAAAAUGAGACAUCAAUGGCAUUCACUGCUGGUGAUGAAAUUSCUACYCCAGACAACCUACCAGACUUCCCUGAUCUUGGCGAUACAAUGCUAUCUACUAUGGGUAGUACAGUCAGCCAAAACAGUAAAGAAAAUAGUGUUCCUAAGGACUCAAAAGAUCAGUGUGURCCAUCUGUUGACCUUGGACAGAAAGACAUAACAAGAGUCAGUCUAGUUGAUGAAACAAAUAAGUUGAGAGCAGAGYUGGGCAUCAAGCCUCUCAAUCUUGAAGAACAAAACACUAAUUCUUGUUCUAUGAACAUACUAUCAAACAGCCGUCCAGACUCUACAUCACCUCAGCCAGCAGACAGUAGGAAUUCAAAUAUUUUAUCUGCUGUCUUGAGUCUCUUGAAAGAGCUUGAUAAAGGCAGCCUUGAAACAGUGAGAAGUGAAGUAGAAUCACACUUGUUGCAAUUUAGCAAAGAUGAUGACAGUGCAGCCACAGGGAGAGUUUUGGUGAAGGAGAUUUUACCUGAAUAAUCUUGAUAAUAUUAUGAAAUACAAUAUUAUUGUAAUCACAGAGGUGUUACUAUAAGUACUCAAAGCCAUGAUUUUGGGGGCCUUUAUUAAGAAGGUGCUAAUCCUUGCAUGRAUGAUCUUUUGGCAUUUCAUGAUAGCAAGGCAACAUUAGUUUGAAUAGAAACUAGAUACCCUUACUGACAUUAGUCUCAUUUCACCAUCCAACUUCCAAGUGAAGGCAUAUGAUUGUCUUUCAAAAUGGUACUAAAAAUGUAACAUCACACUUUUAGCUAGGAACUUGAUUUUUUAGUAAACAAAUUGGAAGCCACAGUGUCACAUAUUGACUUUUCCWACAGAGAGCAUAGAAAAAUGGUGAUACUGACAGGCUAAUAUGCAGAAACCCAUUUUAUUUUGGGAUUCCUGUUUAAAGAACACAGGAAGCCUGAAGUAUGUUUAAAUAUGUCUCAGUGCAUCAUAAUCUGUGUUAUGUAAAUAUGGUCCAGUAGCAUCACACUGACUUCAAUAAAUUGUAAAUAUGAAYUUGGUACUGUAAUCAAAUAAAAUGUUUUCAUUUUUA